GCCGCCCCGCACUCGGGCGAGCGCGGUAGCCGCGCAAUCAGACGGAGCGCGCCCGGCCGAGCGGGCCAUGGCCGCGGGGGCCGCCGCCGCAGGUGGUGGCGCUCAGUGAGGCGGAUGGAACGCGGCUCGGCGGGUGGGCAGUGCCGGCGUCCGCGGCUGGAAUGGUGCUGGCGGCGGCGGUCGGUGCCUGCGUUCUGAAGCCCGAGAGGAGCCACAAUGGAGACGCCGCCGUUGCCUCCCGCAUGCACAAAGCAGGGUCAUCAGAAGCCUCUCGAUUCAAAAGAUGAUAAUACUGAAAAACACUGCCCAGUGACAGUGAAUCCUUGGCACAUGAAGAAAGCUUUUAAAGUCAUGAAUGAAUUACGAAGUCAAAAUUUGCUGUGUGAUGUCACGAUUGUGGCUGAAGACAUGGAAAUCCCUGCUCAUCGAGUGGUGCUGGCCGCCUGCAGUCCUUAUUUUCACGCCAUGUUUACAGGUGAGAUGAGUGAGAGCCGAGCAAAGAGAGUCCGAAUAAAAGAGGUAGAUGGCUGGACCCUGAGGAUGCUCAUUGAUUAUGUUUACACUGCAGAAAUCCAGGUUACAGAAGAAAAUGUCCAGGUGCUUCUCCCAGCCGCUGGCCUGUUACAGUUACAGGAUGUGAAGAAGACUUGCUGUGAAUUUUUGGAAUCUCAACUUCACCCUGUCAACUGCUUAGGAAUUCGGGCUUUUGCUGAUAUGCAUGCGUGCACUGACCUCCUGAACAAGGCCAACACCUAUGCAGAGCAACAUUUUGCAGAUGUCGUACUUAGUGAAGAAUUUCUUAAUCUCGGCAUUGAACAAGUGUGCAGCUUAAUCUCAAGUGACAAACUUACCAUAUCUUCUGAAGAGAAGGUAUUUGAAGCAGUAAUUGCUUGGGUGAACCAUGACAAGGAUGUAAGGCAAGAAUUUAUGGCUCGGCUGAUGGAACACGUACGGUUACCUUUGCUCCCCCGGGAAUAUUUAGUUCAGAGGGUAGAAGAGGAAGCAUUGGUCAAGAACAGCAGUGCUUGCAAAGAUUACCUCAUUGAAGCCAUGAAGUAUCAUUUGCUGCCCACAGAACAGCGUGUAUUAAUGAAGAGUGUGCGGACCCGACUGAGGACACCCAUGAAUCUUCCCAAAUUGAUGGUGGUGGUUGGCGGCCAAGCCCCGAAGGCCAUCAGAAGUGUGGAAUGCUAUGACUUUAAAGAAGAACGGUGGCACCAGGUAGCAGAGUUGCCUUCAAGGAGAUGCAGGGCAGGGAUGGUCUACAUGGCUGGACUGGUCUUUGCUGUAGGUGGCUUUAAUGGUUCCUUACGAGUCCGCACCGUAGAUUCCUACGACCCUGUAAAAGAUCAGUGGACCAGCGUGGCUAACAUGCGAGACCGGAGAAGCACUUUGGGAGCUGCUGUAUUAAAUGGAUUGUUAUAUGCUGUGGGAGGCUUUGAUGGGAGUACAGGUUUAUCGUCUGUGGAAGCAUACAACAUCAAGUCCAAUGAGUGGUUUCACGUGGCUCCCAUGAACACGAGGAGGAGCAGCGUUGGUGUCGGCGUUGUCGGAGGUUUGCUGUAUGCUGUAGGGGGUUAUGACGGAGCCUCCCGGCAGUGUCUGAGCACGGUAGAAUGCUAUAACGCCACAACAAACGAGUGGACCUACAUAGCGGAAAUGAGUACCAGACGGAGCGGGGCAGGUGUUGGUGUGUUAAACAACUUACUGUAUGCUGUAGGGGGUCAUGAUGGGCCUUUAGUACGAAAAAGUGUUGAAGUGUAUGAUCCCACCACCAAUACAUGGAGACAGGUUGCAGAUAUGAACAUGUGCAGAAGAAAUGCAGGCGUUUGUGCUGUCAAUGGUCUGUUAUAUGUAGUUGGAGGAGACGAUGGUUCCUGCAACUUGGCCUCGGUAGAAUAUUAUAACCCAACGACUGACAAAUGGACAGUCGUGUCAUCUUGUAUGAGCACAGGGAGAAGCUAUGCUGGGGUCACAGUUAUUGAUAAACCACUCUGAGCCUGAAGGACAUUUUCAGCAUAUUUCUACAUGAGAAGCAGACUUCAACAAGUAUUUCUGAAGUGACUGAGAAUCUAGCACUUCUCCACUUGCAGCUGCACUUUAAGUCUCUGCAGAAGAUAAGAUCGUCUGCCUUUAUAGGCCUCAGAUUCUGAAGAUUAUUUUUGGUAGAAGCACUGUGUAGGCUUUUUCUGCAAUGAGCAGCAGCUGACUGAAUUUUAAUAAGACACAUGGACUGCAGUACUUACUGUGUAGUCCUUAGACAACAGUUGCUUUCAUAAAGACGAGUUAUCAACCUUGAAUAACUAUGCGUUAUUUUGUGAAGAAGGAUAAAGUAAUAUGUGUGGUUGUAAAAUUAAAUUUUAUCUUUCUUUAUUUCCUUCUCCUGAAAAUCUGUAUACACAGGAACUGAAAAUCUGAACAGGUAUUAAAUUGUAUGUAAGUAUACAAAUUAGUUGAGGGAUAAAACUGUUUGCUUUUAUAAAAUAUCUUUGAUUACAUGAGUAUACUAACUGGUGUGCAUACAACUGUGUGUCUAUAUGCUUUCCUUUAAAUAUGUUUGAAAAGAUGUUUGAAACUUGAUUAUACUAUUUAUAAUUGGCACAGUACUUUGAAUUAUGCCAGUACUACAUUGUAAAACAGAGUUGUAUUUUUUGAUAUUUAACAAUGCUUAACACUUUAAAAUGCCACUUCUGAGGAAUGAACAUGGUGUAACACACUUGAAUAUGUGUGAUGCCAAACUUUUUUAAAUAAAAUGUAAAUUAUGCUUAUUUAUUAUUUUCUUUGGUUUAAUCUUGGUCAUGUUUUGGUGUGUAUUUUUACUUUUUUUCUUAAAGUAACACUUUGGCAUGAUCAUUAUUGCAGGUUUUUGAUGAAUAUAAUGAAUGUAUGGAAUUCAACUGAAUUUGCAUGGUCUUAAGAAUUUUUUCUGUGUGUAUAAAUUUAGCUGCAAUUAACAGAAGAGAGAACUUUCUGUGAGUAGCCAUGUGUGUUGAUAAGAUACAGUUUUUCUGAGAUCUUGAAUUAAUCUCACUUUAAAAAUGACCAAA